UGUUUAUACUGAUGAACAUGGACAGCACCUUUGCACUGAACUCGACCUCUGUUCCUGCACAACUCCCCCUCAACACCACAGUUCGUUUUAACACCUCUCUCAAAUCCUUCAGCGUGUUCGAUGGCUGCGAGAAAUACUUCGAGGCAAUUCUGUUUGACCUUACCUUACAGAGCAUCAAUGUAAUUAUAGGAAUCCCUGCAAAUCUGCUUGUUAUUGCGAUUCUUAUACACAAUCGCAAAGAACCCUCCACUUCAGACUUGUACCUGGGCUGUUUGGCCUUCAUGGAUGUCUACUUUGGCAGCAUGACCCCACUCAGCUUCUUAAACCUUUACGUCUGGCAUAGCAAAGAGGUGUGGGAAGCUAUUAAGUUUUCCUUUGGUGUAAAAGAUACCAGUGGCCCCCUGUUUCUCUCAUGUAUCUGCUUGGAUCGAUUUAUAGCAGUGCUUUUUCCAAUCACGUUUGGGCAGCUGAAACCGAUCAAGUACAGGAUAAGCCUCACCAUGGUCGUACUCUGCCUCACCUUUGCUUACUCUACAGCUAAGAUGGUGGGCGGUCUGCCCAACUUUGAGAAGGUGUUCACUGGGGAAGUCCUCGCAGCUUUUGCCUGGAUGGUGGUGUGUAAUGCAAGCAUCUUAUGGGUACUGAAGAAAUCCCGUGGUGCUGGGAAGGAUGACAUUCAUCCAAUGAAGAAGAAGGCUUUCAAGAUGGUGCUGUCCAUCCUCUGUAUUAUUGUGUUCAACUAUUUACCACUUGUUGCACUUUUCCCAUUUGAAGACCAUUACACACCUGAUGUGUUUCGUUGCUAUGUGCAGCCUGUGGGCUUUGCUUUUCUGAACAUUAGCAGCACUAUCCAACCACUUGUUUAUCUGUCCCGUCUGGAUAAGCUUCCUUUCCUCCCUGAUUCUUGUAUUAAGAAGUUCACUUCCUGCUUCACCCCAGAAAUAAAUAAAAACACCUCUGCACAAGCAACAUCUAGUUAGAUUAGCAUGAUUACCUUGUUACCUUAUUUUAAGUGCAGAAUAUUAUAUUAUGAAGAAAAAAUUUUAAAUUUUUUCUUUGUGAAAAUGUCUAUGGUUUAAAUUGUGUUUUCAUGCA